GACUAGCGACCAAAUAUAUAAAAGAAAGAAAAAGAAGAAAAAAAAAUGGCCUCUCCUCACCUAUUCACCUCCUCUCCUUUUUCCCCACAAUUAAUUUGAUUCUCCCAAUGGUCUUCUUCUUCAUUGGAUUGUACAGAUUCCCAUCUGAAAAAACCCAUCUCAAUCUGUAAUUUUUUCCCCCUUUCUCCAUUCCUUCUUCAUCUCUUUCUUUUAUCUUCUCCUCCUUUCUUUUCUGUUCUCUGGAUAGAAAAGACCCAGGGCUGUGCUGGGUGUCUGGGCUUUGCUUACAGGAAACUCUAUUUUCAACUAAAGAGGAGAGGAGUUCUUAACUCCUUAGUGUUUUUUUUUAAAAGAGCGCUGGCUGUUAAUUUCUGCCGGGAUUAAUUCGUGGGAAGAAGAGACAAGAAACAUGGGAAAACAUGGACCUUGCCGUCAUUGCGGAGUUACAAGCACUCCUCUAUGGCGAAAUGGGCCACCAGAGAAGCCAGUUUUAUGUAAUGCUUGUGGUUCACGAUGGAGAACCAAGGGUUCUUUGGCAAACUACACGCCUUUGCAUGCUCGCGAGCCAAUUGAAUGGGAAGAGCCUAAGGUUACUAAAAUGAAGAGUAUUUCUUUUAAGACCACUGAACAGAGACUGCAGAAAAGAAAACAUAUGAAUGGUAUAGUGGAAAAAGUACGUCAAAUUCCUUUUUCAGAAUCAGACCAAAACUACAUUAGAACUUUUGAGGGAGAUGCUAGCAAUCGUUCUAGCUCUGGAUCUGCAAUCUCAUGCUCAGAAAGCUGUGCAAAUUUUUGUGCCGUCGAUGCAAGUGAUUGCACAGGCUCUGCACAGUCAAAUGCCUGGGAUUCCUUAGUGCCAGUGCCAUCAAAAAAGAGAACUGUUAUCAACUUAAAACCUUCUGUUGAGAAGCUUACAAAGGAGCUCUACUCCAUCUGGCAUGAACAACAGUCAUCUAACCUAUCUGGGUCCUCAGAAGAAGAAUUACUUUUUGAAGGUGAAACGCGGAUGGGCUCAGUUGAGAUAGGACAUGGAGGUGUUCUUCUUAGGUAUCCAAGUUCAAAAGCUGUAGAAGAGGAAUCUGAGGCAAGCUCACUUCCUGCUGAUAAAAAGUUAGUGGGUGUGCCCUAUUCAAGAUCUGCAUCCAGUUUUGUGGAUAAUGAAAGCAAAAGAACUAGUUUUCCUAAUCCUGGCAUAGACAAAUUUAAAAAGUCUGCUAUGCAUGUGGUACAAGACCAUGCUAGAAGAGACAGGUUUCCACCGGAGUACCUUGAUGUGCUGCAGAAGAGAGAUUCAGCUAUGAGAUUUACUGAUCUUAAAGUCGUCAUUAAUCUUGAGGUUUUCAUGGAACAUAUGAAAAAUGAUGAACAGAAACAACUGAUGAAAUAUCUUCCUUCUAUUGAUACGGCUAACGCUUCUGAGAGCCUCAGAAGCUUGUUUUCUAGCCCGCAGUUCAUCGAAAACUUUUCUUAUUUCCAGCAACUGAUCCAAGAUGGAAUUUUCGAUCUCUCCUCUUCUGAAAUGAACGUUGAAGAAUGCAAGAGUUUGAAAAGGCUGGUUCUAUUUAAUUUUACUAAAUCUAGUUGGGUGCAACACUACGAAGAGCUGAAGGAUAUAAAGCACAAGCACGCUACUGGAGUAAACAGAGGAGAAGGUGGGUCAAACUUUGUUGGACAAUCCAAUUUAAUUCCCAUCAAGAGGCCUCAUGAAAGCCAAAACCAGCAUUUGCAAGAGUCUAAGGGCAUCAUGAGGAGCCCAAAAAGAGUGUGCAGAUCCAGCAACACAAAAUUUUCUUUGACAAAAUCAUCAGUAGUGAAUCCUGAUGAGGCAGGAUCAACGGAAAUACUCGAUAAUGAGGACUUUUUGGACAAUGAAGGGACUUGCUUCAGUCCAAGAAGCCUCUUUGCGUCACCUCCCGACCGGAGCUCCAUGCUGCAACUCACCGACGACGGCUCUGAUCAAGACUUACUGCUUGAUGUGCGAUGCAGUACCUCGUUUCCUGAAGCAGAGCUCCUCUAUCAUCAUCCAUGGAAGCAGAAAACACCAUCAAACAGCUCUCUUGCUGAGAGCAGUGCUGUUGCUGAGGAAGAGAGCCUCUGCAACUUCCCAGCUUCUAGCUUCCGCAGCCAGCAGCUGAAUCAGUGUAAAGGAGCCUAAUCACUAUAGAUGGAUCAUUUUCUUCCUUCUCUUGAAAUUCUUACAGCUAAGUAACCACCUUAGAUGUGAUGGGUCUACAAGUUGUUGAAUCCUUCCCAUUUUCUGGUUUUGCCAUAAGGCUGCUUUUACUUUCCUCUUAUUGUCUGCUUUACAUUAGAGCUCGCAGUUUUCCUUGGAAUUGCCAUGGAUUGGAUGUAAUAACUUGUUGCUUUCUUGUAUAUGGAGGGCUAUAGCUGUAAUAUAUGGCUCAGGGGAGCAAAAGAAACUUCUUUUAAGAAGUUAAGUGAUCUAUGUUUGGUUGAAUACAUAGAUACAAUAGACAAAGUUAUGGAAUUGGUGGUUACAAUAACAGUGUCUGCUUUUACUUCUC